AUGAAUUUUGGGAUAAAAAUUGAAGAUUUAUAUAACACUUUUGGUACUUUUGGCCCAUUGGCUUCGGCGAAAAUCCUGUUCCCACGUGACGAUGAUCGUAAACGUGAGCAUUUAUGCGGCUUCAUAGCAUUUAUGGUUCGAAAAGACACUGACCGAGCAAUGAAAGGAAUGCAGGGCAGAUUUAUCAGAGGUUGUGAGGUGCGCAUGUCGCUAGCGAAACCGGUCACUAUACCACCACAGGUGAGAAUUUCUGUGUUUGAGUAG